CGGGAUCAACAAUAAAGUUAUCGCAAUGGACAAAAACACACUUUAUUAUCUGACAUUUGCACGUCUGGGAUAUAUAACUACGUCAUUACCUGCAUUAGCAACAACUUUUGCUGUUGCAUAUUCAGUUAUGUUCGACUUUCAUGGGUCAACUGCAACUCAUUGUCAUGUACCAAAUAUUCUCCCCAGUAUAAGUGCAGCUAUAGGAAGGACACCCCAGCAAUAUAUCUGGAGGAUAUUUAUAUCUUUACAUGCAGCACCUAGGUUCUUAUGUGCAAUGUCUUACUAUGGAUGGCAUAAACAAGUUCAUGUUGGUGCUAAGCAGUCUACCUACAUUUUCCUGGUGAAAACAGCCAUUUUGUUACAUAUAAUAGAGAAUAUGAUGUUGGUAUUUCUCACAUGUAUUUCUUCCAGUGAUAAUAGAGGAAUACAUGAGAACAGUUUCAUUGUGUUUAUAAUAACCUCAUGGAUGUACAUGUUGCUGACCAUUGGUCUGUGUAAGUGGUCAAGAAAGUACUCGGGCAAAUCCAACAAAACAUAUAAUGAUUCGUACAAGUAUAAGAAAUUGUUUGCCUUCUGUAAUAUAUCAGCAUUCUCACUGGCGGUGUACCUGUACUUCAGACAUAACUGGUAUUGUGAACCUUAUAUAUACAGUUGGUUUGCCUUGUGUGAGUAUGUGACAAUUUUCACAAACAUUCUGUUUCAUGGUACAGCAAUUAUGGACUUUAGAGAAUAUUCUGCCGCUGUUGUACUCACUGACCUUAUACAAAAACACAAGUAACAACUAAUACUGGCAUUGGAAAAUACUGGUACUUCAAGGAACAACAACAAAGGCAGCAAUCAACAUCUC